AUGAGCGGUGCCGGUCUCGCACUCCACGUCGACAACAUUCUGUACGUGCGGAAGGCACUCCUCGUGCACGAGUACGAGGCGGCAGACAAGCUCAGACCAGUCGACUUAUUGAUUUCCUACAUCAGGGCCCACUUCACCCGCUUUAUCGCCGCUUUGCCAAUGGCCAGUCGGUGUACCCGCUUGCUUUCGAGUCCACUGAUGCCUUACUUCUCGUUAACGAGGUCAUACGACAAUUGGCAGAAGGUUCUUCGUUCUCACCAGCACAUUUUCCUGCCUUACGUGACGAUGACGUUGCCCGCCGCCUACGACAUGAACUUUUCCCUUCAUCAUCAUCCUCUACCUCUUCCGCAUUCCGACCAGCUAUGGGUUUCAAUCAUCCGCGAGGAUCACAGACAUCCGGCGGUCUGUACAACUUCAUCGACCGGGACGUCCCUUACCACACCCACCGGCUGGACCAAAGAUUCGGACCUCAAGAUUGAUGGAUUGACAACAACAUUACGACAAGCUUUGCCAUCGAUUUCCGACUCUCGCAUCCACGAGUGGCUGACCAGCAGAUACGCACUGACACGCGUUCAGGUUGCUCACACCUUACAAACGUCCGCUCUCCGACUCCUCUUCUGCCUGGAGAUCUUCAGCUUUGACCACUUUUUCGCUGAGGAUUUGGGGGACGACGAUGACGAGGUUCCACAAUUUCCUCCGCGACCCCCAGUACGUCACCACCUACCGCCUCACCCACACAGACUUCUUGGAUCUUUUCUGGACUUUUACAUUGCGGCAUCGCCGAUCAUACGACAAGUUCUUCCACAUCACGUUUUUGGACGUCUUUCCUGGGUACGCGCUCUGUGGUUCCUACAACUUCAUCGCCUACGGUUCGCCACUACUACCAACCAUCGCGGUCUCCAGGAUUUAUUCUUCAACUUGGACGUACAGCGGUACACUCUACGACAUCAUCUAGAGUCUAGCGUUGUCUACAUCAAAGUCUCCCACAAACACCCCGGAUGGUACAUCGGCUCCACCAUCCACACGAUCACCGACCGGGAAGUUAGCCGCCGGUCAAAAUACAAUCAACUUUGUUCCGGCACGCAAGCGUUCUUCGAGCCUGCCCUACGCAUCUGGCACGCGGCCGGUACAUAUGACCAUCAUCUACCGAUUACUCUACAGCACCGACCUACUGAGGAACAAGUCCGCGCCUUGGAACAAGCUCUGAUUGCUACAUAUCACCCACACUUGAAUGCCCCUUUCGUGUACACGUUUCUACGAAAAUUGGGAGUGCAACUGGAAGUACCCAUGGUCGUCACCUUCUUGGAAGGUGGCAACGGAGCUCGUCUUCUACGCGCUCAUCAUCGGUACACACACUACCGGGAUCUACCGGAACUCCUUGGCACUCGCUCCCUCAUCGAGCAACGGGAGACCCUCGCCACAAUCAUACAAUAUGUCGGCAGCAAUGGCAUUCUCAAGUUCUUCUCACAACGAGUUCUGCGUCGGAAUAGCACUCCGAUCGCCUACCUCUACUUACUCGUCCGCUUCCUUGUUUUUGUGGAUGAGGGGAUAUUCCGCCUCGUCACCGAUUACUUCCUCUUCCUCAGUUGGCUCAUGACUUUUUACGACAAGCUCAACAUUGGACAACGCACACCCUCAGAUCAUGUAGCAGCUCCGGCCGAUGUCGUCCUGAACGAAUCCAUCUAUCGGGAGAACAUGAGCGACGGCCGAUGGUUGACCAAAUCACAAUUUCGCAGGUAUACAGUGGCCCCUAUGAACCGAUGGUUCAAGCUGUGGCGACAACCUGACCAAUCCCUACUUCGCUGGCAAGUUUUUGUCUCACACCAAUGGCGACUACACGGACAAACUCUACGGAUGCGACCUGACGGCAGACAGUUACGUGAACUCAAGAACUUACGGGAAAGCUCUGAGCACAUCGUGAUUUCCCCCAUUGAUCAUGGCCCGCAUUUGGCGUAUGGAUUCUGUCCUCAACAAUACUUCGACAUCCUGACCAAGACCUUUCUGGAUCCGGCAGUUUUCUGGCGACGAGACACCAACCCGAUGCAGCUGUCGGAACGUAUACAACGAGCUAUCAAACGACACGUUCCUACACGCUAUCACUGGGCCCUGGCACCCAAAGAAUCUUUGCCGUACGCCUACGUGCUCCCCAAGCCCUCCAAACAAUUCUUGAAGGGUCGCCCGAUUGUCAGCUAUUCCAACACGUGGUGUGCCACGCUCGCGAAAUUUCUUUCCACCGCAGUCCUACAGAUGCUACAGACGGUCGUUCCACCUCAGUUCGUUUCCCCUACUGUCCACUCCAUCAUCCAGACGUUCAUACAUGCCUUCCGCAACAACCCGGUCACGGUGGAACUUCAGCUACUUCAACAAGAUCUUUCUGGUUUCUUCACUUUCGUUCCACAUGAUCGCAUUUACCACUCGAUCUCGUCGUUGACAGACAUGUUCGCUCGCCACCAACAGAUUCCCUUGGACUCUGACAUACAGAUCACGAUGCGGGACCGCAAUUCACUUGGUCGCCUAUUUCGAGGCCGAUAUCGAAAAGCCGGUUCACAUUACAAACCUCUAUGCCUUCGUGAUUUACCUUCAUUGGUUAUGUUCUUGCUACGUCACUCUUUUUUCACAGUUGGCACGGAAAUUUUGGUGCAACAUCGCGGUGCCUCCAUGGGCUCACCCAUGGCCCCCUCAAUGUGCGGAGCGACCGCAGCCCUGUGGGAAGCCACUUUCCACCAACUCAUCCGCGAUCAGUUGCUGACUUCUCGUUAUUUCUGUUCCUCACGCUAUGUGGACAAUCGUUGCCUCCUUCGGAUUUGGGAUGGGGAGCUGGAAUCCCUGGACGACUGCCAACGACACCACUCCCGCCGAGGUUACGAUCCUUUCUCUUCAUCCUCUACGUCAUCGUCUGGUUGGUUUCAAGAGGUAUACCUACAUCCACAUUUCUAUGGCCUUCCCUUGGAAUUGGAGCACGUUCCGGGACAAGAACUGUUGGGCACCGUCGUGGACACCGCACAACGAACACUCAGGGACUCACCACGCGGAUUUAUCUCAUUUGCAGAUUAUCCUGGCCCAAAGCCGUCAUUGCACCUCAAGUUCGUGAACUUAUUCAUCUAUAUCGUGAACGAGGUUUCUCUGAACGCUCACUGGAAGACGCAUCCCGAUCCGUACUUCGUCGCUUUGGACUACGUUGGCGACAGGAAAACGACCCAGCAAACGCCGUCGACGACAUCGCCACCAUACUACCUCCUCUUCUUCCACAUCGUCUCGACCUUCCAAAACCACGUCAACCUCGUCGUCGACAUCCUCAUCGUCCUCAUCCUCUUCUUCGUGCUCCACUACGGAACUACAAGCAAUGGACCCGCCUACCUCCUCGUCCCGUCCAAAGAAACGUUCACGGGAGACACCUUCCGGGACCAGCACUACCACUCCAGCGACGGGACCUUCACUCACCACGACUAA